UUUGUUUCUGGCCUGGUUCAAAUCCUGCUUUCUGAAAUAUUGUACCAAAAAAAGACCAGUUUGCUUAAUCAUGGAUAAUCAUGAUUCUCAUAUUACUUUACCACUUGUGGAAGCAGCCAAAGAGAACAAUGUCAUUUUGAUAGGUCUUCCUGGUCACACUACGCAUAUUUUGCAGCCAUUAGACGUCAAGAUCAUUGGUCCGUUGAAAAGCAGAUGUGCCACAAUUGCUGAAAGGUGUGGUUUUGUUAACAACAGUUUCAACAUAAGCAAGGCAAGAUUCCCACUAAUUUUGAAUUAUGCUAUAGACCAGACGACCCCGUCAUCUGUCAAAGAAGCAUUUCGGGCAACUGGCAUAUGCCCAUUGGAUGGAAGUGCUAUUGAUAAGUCACAAAUAGUACCUGCUACAUUUGCAAAACCAACAACUGCUACAGAGGAAAAUAAUGAUGAUAACGAUGCAAGAACAUGUCCAACGUGUGGAGCUUUUGCUGCGAAUCCAUUAGUGCAGCAAGGUCUGGUACCGCAGCAUUUGGCUGAUGUUCUAAUGCCAACACCAUCACAGCCCUUAUCAAGCCAGAAGAAGAAAAGAGUUGUUGCCGAAGGGCGUGUGAUAAGUGGUGAUGAGAUGCUUCAUAAGUUGAAGGAAAGAGAAGCAGCCGUGCUUGCAAAGAAAGAAAGACAAGAAGAAAGGAAAAAGAAACGUAUCCUAAAGGAUGAAAAGGAGAACAAGAAAAAAGAAAUAAAGAUUAUGAAAAAAAAAUCUGGCGACGUACAAGGCACUCUAAAGUUGAAAAAGCACAUUGUGUCAGGACAAAAGUCGAGUGCAGAAAAGGCUGUGAUCACAAGAGACAAAGGUCUAGCUAGCGUCAUAUAUACAUGUGGUGUGUGCGGUGUGCGUGGAAGGAAGGAUGAUGAGGUGAAUGGGAUUGAGUGGGUGGGAUGUGAUGAGGAGAUGUGCCUGUCAUGCUUUCAUUUGGAUUGUUUGAGCGAAAGUGAACGGGAAUAUGUGCGCGAGAGUUUGGCAGAUGAUACUGACUGGUAUUGUAAAAUGUGUAAACCCUGGUUGUAUGAGGAAGAAUAAAGACUGUUUGA